AUGAAGCUCUCCAGCGCCACCCUCGUCGCCGUCUUCCUGGCCCAGCACGCCAGCGCCAACCCCGCGGCGGCCCGCCAACAUCUCGAAACCCGCGGCGGCUCUGCCCUCCAGUGCUCCGUCAGCCGAUGCGCUGCCAAGGUCAAGAGGGCCCAGGAGCCUCCCACGCCGGUCGGGCUCGCCGCCCGGGCUGGCCCGACUGAAACCCCGCGCGGGCCGAGAGGCCGCAGGUCGCAGGAUCCCUACGAUUAGACGUGCGCGGAUAUCGCGCCAAGCGCCUAGCAGAGGCUUCCGUUGACGAUCGAGAACUGGUUACCGCCACCGCCGGCGCACAAAGGACAUGAUUCUGGA